ACUACCCAGCCCCCAGCCCCUGCACCAGCCUCAGCCCCGCAGAGACCUCCCCCCCCCUCAGCACCUACAGCAUGGGCUUCCCCUCUCCUCUCAGUUCAUGUGUAGCAACACCUUCAACACCCCCUGCCUACCCAUGGGGAUCUGCCCGGAGCAACAACAAACCUAGGAGCAGACUAAGCCAGGUGCCUCUGAGUGUUGGCCAGCAGAGGGCGCUCUGUCGGCUCACUGCAGUCGUCCGUGGCUUCCUCGUCCGGAGACUACUCAAGACCUCCAAGAUCGAACACCUUCGCCAGACUGUGCAGGACACACAGGAGUUUAUUCGUUCCUUCCAAACUGAGGCUCCACAGAGAAGAGCCUCUCUCUCCCCACAGGACCAGGCACUGCAGGAGCGGGUCAGAGCUCAGCUGCGCGCUGCUCUGUUUGACAUCCAUGACAUCUUCUUUGAGCUGACGCUGGAGGAGCGCUUGGCUCUGCUGCAGCAGGAAAGGGAGCUGCGCACGGAGAAGAAGCUGAGGGAGAUGGAGAAGACCAAGGCCCCGAAAGAGCGCAGGGGUCUGUCUGCCGCUACCCAGAAGUCACUGGACAGGAAGAAGCAGAGGGUGGGAGAAUCUCCGGGACCCGUGAGAAAGACACAACAGAAGCCAAAGAGCCCUACCACUAAUAGGAUCUUGCAGCCCAGCCAAGGCCAGAAUGCUCCAGUUCCCAGCCAACUGCACCGCCAAGGGAGCUGGUACAAGAAGACCCCAGAGGAACGUGUUAAGCGCUCCGACUGUCUGAAGAAGCAGGACUCACUGGGUUAAGACACCUCUUUCUCUCUCACACACACACACACACACACACACACACACACACACACACUCACUUGCUCCUGUGCCAUACAGAUAUUACUCCAAAUCCAUGGGUCUCCCCCCCCCCCAACACACCCUACACGCACAGUCAGUCCUGCCAAACAUCAGGAGUAGGGAAGACCACUACACAGAUGCUUCAGACCUAUAGUAGCCCCCCUCUGUGCUGUAUCAGGACGUC